AUGGGUUUCUUCUCAAAGUCAUUCGACCCAGUCACUGACCUCCCAGACUUGUCUGGUAAAGUCAUACUUAUCACAGGCGGAAACGCAGGUAUCGGCUACUCGACUGUGAAGCACCUGGCACGUCGUGGUGCCAAGGUGUAUAUGGCUGCACGCAACCGAAGCAAGGCAGAGGAGGCGAUCGCGCAAUUGAAAGCAGAGGGACUGGGUCCUGGGAACGGCGAUGUUAUCUGGUUGGAACUCGAUUUGAAGGACCCUCGAAAUGCGAAGAAAGCGGCAGAGGUAUUUAUGAAGCAGGAGAAGAGAUUGGAUGUUCUCAUUCACAAUGCUGCGGUGUUUUUUGAGAAUUACGCCAUGACGCCGGAUGGAGUUCAGGAGAUAGUGAUGGUCAACGUUAUCAGUCACGCCGCCCUUACACGCACCCUCCAACCGCUGCUGGACCAGACAGCAGCAGAACCAAAUUCAGACGUCCGCAUAGUCGUCGUCGCUUCAGACGGCCACCGGUUUGUAUCAGGGAAACCUCGUUUCCGUAACCUUGAUGAUCUUAACAAUGAACUCAAGAGUUCGCUUUCCCCCAACUUCGCGCGUUAUUGCAUGUCGAAACUCAUGAAUGUACUCUAUGCUUCUGAACUUCAGCGACACCUCACCGCUGUUGGCUCUCCCAUCACCGUUAUCGCCAUUCACCCUGGAGGGGUCGACACCUUCUCUCAUAAAUCCAACUUCAAGUUCAUCGUCAAGCCUCUCGUGUCCCUCUUCUUUGUACGUCAAGACCAGGGUGCAUACACCUCGGCGUUUGCAGCUGCAUCGGAAGAAGUCGCCAAGCAGCGCGAGAAGUACAAGGGCAUGUAUUUAACGCCACCAGGCAAGCUAACAGAGUCGACGAAGGUGGCGAGGGAUGAGGGGCUUGCAAAGGAGCUUUGGGAUACUGUGGAUAGGUUUUUAGAGGAGAAGGGGAUUUGA